AUGCAAGCUGUGAUACUCAACAAUGGUGAUACAAUUGAACCUAUUGACAUAAGUAUUGGAGUCAAACAAGGAUUUGGGAUAACCCCUAUGUUAUUUAAUAUCUUUUUGGCAGCCAUGCUUCAGAUUAUUGGAGAUGACCUCCAGUGUAAGAAAAAUGAAGAUGGAGAGACAACUGUUGUUGUUGAAAAAGACCGUUUUAUGGAAGACUUCUUCCAGCAGGUUGAGGAAAUAAGAAAUAGCAUAACUAAAAUAGCACAAAAUGUGGAAGAAGUGAAGAAGAAACACAGCAUUAUCUUGUCUGCACCAAAUCCAGAAGGCAGAACAAAGGAAGAACUCGAGGACCUCAACAAAGAAAUCAAGAAAAUUGCAAAUAAAAUUCGAGCUAAGUUAAAGGCAAUUGAACAAACUUUUGUUCAAGAUGGACAUGUUAAUCGAACAUCAGUUGACCUCAGGAUACGAAAAUCUCAGCACUCAAUAUUGUCCCAUAAGUUUGUGGAGGUUAUGACAGAAUACAAUGAGACCCAGACCCUGUUUCGAGAACGCAGCAAAGGACGGAUACAGCGACAGUUAGAAAUAAGUAAGUAACAUGAAUUUUCUUUUAAUAUGUGCCUGCCAAAAUAAUGGAAUCUUAUUGCUUACCAUUGGAAACGAGUUCAGGAAUAACAGUUUGAUUGCACAAGGAUAAAUUUCUACAGAAAACUUAUCUUUAAACAUCUCAUGUUCUUUGGUUCUCAAUCUCUGCCUUAUGAUAGGGAAAUACAUUAUUGUGGAAAUCUGCUUUCUUAAAAAAUUAUACUGUUUAAUCAUGCACCACUAGAAUUUUUACCUUCAGAAGGUGGGGCUUUUCCUUUUUUUCCUGUCCUGUUGCCACAGCUGCAGAUGUUUUCAUGCUAUAAGAAUCUCUCAUAAUGUGUUUAAUGACGAAAGUUCCCCAUUGGUAUAGGGUUUGGCUCCUAAUUGUUAUUAAGAACUGUUACAUUUUAUGGAGUGGAAGAAUAUUCAGAGGCCUGAGUACAGGAUUGUGAGCCAUUAGUUCCUGAAUCCGAACCUUGGUUUUAGCAUUUUCCUCUUUAGACUGUAACAUCACUUCAUUGCUCUUAUGUCCCUGUGAACACGAAUACUUGGGUUUGAGAGAGUCAACUAGGUAAUGUUUCAUUAACACAUUUUAAGUUAUUUUUUGUGUUACGUGUGACUAGAAGAUGUAUCAAAUGUCGCUCGGGUCCUUAACUCAAAAAAUGUUUAUUUUUCUUCAUUUAAAUCUUUGCUCUGGGCUAGGGGCUGGGGAUGACAGGUUCAAUAUGCAGACUGCCCCGAGGAGAGCAGAAUACCCCAUUUCUCUCUCACCACAGUAGUUUGGGGCCAGGUGAGAAGCACCUCUCCAUGGCUUCUGCAGCUUAAGCAGGCAUAGUCGGGGCCCCAGAGGGGGCAUGUCUCCUGGCUGGGGAAUGUCCAGGUUCAUCUGCCUCUUGUGCUCUCCAGCCAGUGUGAAGAGCACAGCAAACUGUAUGCUUUCCCCUCCUCUACCGGAUGAAGGGGAAUAGCCAACAACAUCAUGUGCAAAUUGGCGGGACCUUAAACUCCUCUCUCCCCUUCCUUAGAGGGCACCUGAGAGGGUGGGAGGCUCAGGUCUGGAGCAGUUCUAAAUUGAGGUGUGUCAUCCCCAGCCAGCUCCUUUCAACUGCCUGGUGACUCUUUUAUGUUUGAUUUUAUGGAAAGCAAUCCCAUUCCAGGCAUUUCCUGUUUUCAUGGUGCAACCAAACACUUACCUUGUUUAA